UAGUUAUCCAGCACCAAUAUUCGUUGGUGCACUCUCUCUCACUCACUUUUUCAUUCUCUGUUGUUGUGUGCGUUUUUAUGUCUUAACUUAUCACCACCUUAUUAUAAGCCAACAAAGAAAGCAAAUCCAUUUUUUGAACUCAAACAGAAGCAGCAACAGAAACAGAAACAGAAACAUAAACAGCUUUGUCUCUCAAACAUAUGGAUAAUGGUUGCUUCACUUCCCCUAGACGCGAUUUUCCUAAUGGUCUACGAGUUCUUGUUGUUGAUGAUGAUCCAACAUGGCUCAAGAUCCUUGAAAAGAUGCUCAAAAAGUGCAAUUAUGAAGUGACUACAUGUUGCUUAGCAAGACAAGCUUUAAACUUGCUUCGCGAAAGGAAAGACGGAUACGAUAUAGUGAUCAGCGACGUAAACAUGCCUGACAUGGAUGGUUUCAAACUUCUUGAGCAUGUUGGACUUGAGAUGGAUCUUCCUGUCAUUAUGAUGUCUGUGGAUGGAGAAACAAGCAGAGUGAUGAAAGGUGUUCAGCACGGAGCAUGUGAUUAUCUCCUUAAGCCUAUAAGGAUGAAAGAGCUGCGAAAUAUAUGGCAACAUGUCUUACGAAAGAGGAUACACGAGGUUAGAGAAUUUGAAAAUUUUGAGAGUUUUGAGAGCAUUCACUUGAUGAGAAAUGGAUCAGAGAUGUCCGAGGAAGCUAACAUGUUUGCUUUAGAAGAUAUGACCUCAACGAAGAAAAGGAAAGAUGUAGACAACAAACACGACGACAAAGAAUUUUCGGAUCCGUCUUCCUCAAAAAAAGCUAGAGUAGUUUGGUCUGUAGAUCUUCAUCAGAAGUUUGUUAAGGCAGUAAAUCUGAUUGGAUUUGAUAAAGUUGGUCCCAAGAAAAUACUAGAUUUGAUGAAUGUUCCGUGGCUGACUAGAGAGAAUGUUGCCAGCCACUUGCAGAAAUACCGGCUUUACUUGAGUAGGCUUCAGAAAGAUAACGAACAAAAAUCUUCCUCAAGUGGAAUGAAGCAUUCUGAUUUACCUUCAAAAGAUGUAGGAAGUUUUGGUUUUCCGAACUCAGCAAACAUGAAGCAUUCUGAUUUACCUUCAAAAGAUGUAGGAAGUUAUGGUUUUCCGAACUCAGCAAACAAGCAACAAAAUGAUGUUCCAAUUGACAGAUACAACUAUUUAGAAGGAACCAUACAACAUAAGAACAUGGAAACUAAAAGCCAUGAAGGUAUUCCCAAAGUAACAGUUCCACAUUCCACCACCGCAGAAAAAGUAAGAGCUAUCACUGGUAACAUCACUGAUGCAGGGAUUACACAUAAUCGACCUUUUGCCCCUCUCGACUCAGAAGGAAAAUGUGCCGUAAUUGAUUGCACGUUGUCAACACAGUAUUCUUGGACUGAAAUUCCAAAAAGACAGCUCAAAGAGGAACAAGAGUCACUUGUUCAUCUUGAGGAUAACUGCAACAUGUUGCCCUUACAAGGUAAGAAGCAUCACAUUCAAGUUGAUCAAUCACAGUCAAUUACUUCAAUUAGUUCCACUCCCUCUACAAAGGAGCAAGAGGUUGAUGCAAUUAUCAAAACAAAACAUUUGCUUGCUGAUUACAAGAAAGAUUACACUAGUUCAGUGAGUUCAAAAAGAAGUGUAGUGGACACUUUUCCUUUCCAACCUGGAAGCCUUAUGAUGAAUGAUCAACCUUCACAGCCCAUUUCCACUUCUAAUUUCGGCUUAAAAACACAGUCAUCUAAUCUUGGUUGCAUUCCUGAUCUAGAGUCUUACCAAAGAAGCCUACUUUUGGUAGGUGAGGCUGCUUCGGCGCCUUUGGAUGAGGACUUAUAUUUCUAUUGGCAUAAUAUGAACUUUGGUCAGUCGAAUAUAGGGAUGUCUGAGUAUUAUGAUCCUGGGCUUCUCACAGAAGUUCCAACUCACUUAUAUGAUUCAACAGAUUAUUCAGUAAUUGAUCAAGGUCUAUUCAUAGCAUGAUCAGCCCUGAUAAUUCCUGCUUAUUCAACAAAAAUCAGAAUUUCAUACAUGAAAUGACAGAUUUAGUGUUUGUAGUAGCCAACAGCAUAACAACUAUUACAAGGAUUGGGGGAUUCUUUUUCCUAUCAUUAUGGAUUUGGGUAUUGCAGCAUGUAUAAAAGUGGGGUGAUAACAAAUAUUAAGCUUAAGUUAUAAGCUUGCUUCCUUAUUUAUUUUGUUCCAGUACUUGCUUACAAAAAUAUGCAUUGUAACUUCGGGUUAACCAAGGUAUAAAGGACUGAAUAUUUUUCGAAUGGCAA